AGUCGCCUCGUACGACAUGCAGUGUCCUCUGCGGUAGGGUUAUUCUCUCCCGCCCCUACACGGGUAAUAUAACUACAGCAAAUGAUAUUUUGUUUUCUCCAGUUGUACAGCUAAUGAAUCUGUUUUGUAAAGCGAAUAAUAACCAAAUUUCAUCCUUCACAUCUUUACCAAUGAAGUCAUUGUUAUGUUGGUUGCCUAUACCUGGAAUAACACCAUCUGUAGUUGGUGGAGCUAAUUGUUAAUGUCAAUAUCAAAAACCUAACCUCCACCCUCCAUGGGAACAUUACAAAACGCUUUGCUUUGAUCUCAGCCCUGAAUGAAAUUACUCUUAGGGCAAUGGCAACAUAAGCUUAAUUGAAUAUAACUAGAAUUAUGCAAGGCAUUGACAUUCACCCCCUAACUGGCAACCCCACUGCGGCAUGGAGGGAAAUUUCUCAAACCCAAAAGGUCUUCAAGCUGAAUGUUAAACCACCUACGAAAUCAGUAGAUAGUGACAAAGUACGCUUCGUAUGCAUGAGCGACACUCAUUCGUUAACUCACAACAUAAAAUUCGAUAUCCCAGAUGGAGAUGUUUUCAUACACGCGGGAGAUUUCACAAAAUGCGGCCAACAGGAAGAGGUUCAGGAGUUCAAUCGUUGGCUGGGAGAGUUACCUCACAAAUACAAAGUCGUCAUAGCCGGAAAUCAUGAGCUCAGUUUCGAUCCCACUUUCAUCCACAUCUUCAAGAAACACUCGGAGCACACCUCACGACAUACCGGUACUAUUUUGGACGACGAAAUACCCACUUUAGGUAUGGAGAAAGACGCCUUGAAUGAGGCAGUUCGCGUAGAAAACGUUAAGCAGUACUUGACAAAUUGUAUUUACCUGGAGGAUUCCACCGUGAAUAUCUACGGGAUUACUAUUUACGGUACACCUUGGCAACCCGAAUUUUGCAAGUGGGCUUUUAACGUACCUCGCGGGGAGAAGUGCUUAUCGAAGUGGAACCUCAUACCUGAAAAUGUCGAUAUUUUAUUAACUCACACACCUCCAGUCGGACACGGCGAUUUAGUAUGCUCGGGCAUUCGUGCGGGGUGCGUGGAACUGCUGAAUACCGUUCAGCAGAGGAUCAAGCCAAAGUAUCACGUCUUUGGUCACAUUCACGAAGGAUACGGAAUUACGUCCGAUGGUAAAAUUAUCUACAUUAAUGCGUCAACUUGUGAUAUUAAUUAUAUACCGAAUAAUCAACCGGUGGUAUUCGAUGUUCCUCUAAAGGCGGGUGUCCACAAGCUUUAAAUGUUCUCUCUUUUCUCUUAAACUAGAGUACUAUUAUUGUUAGGUGUAGGAUUUCGUUAUUAAUUUAUAAUAAAAAUUAAGAGCUAA